AUGCCGGCAAUCCCACCAUCCCUCGGCACACUAGCGCGCCGCGCUCUCAUCACCGCCGGCCCAGCGCUUGCCCAGCCACAUCUCCACCGCUUUGAGCGCCGUGGGCUGAGCGUGAACCACACGCAAGGCGUCACGCUGGGGGUUCUGAUCGCCUAUAUUGGCAUCAUUGCGAUUUUGUGGAACGUGCCGUACAUUCGAUGGGUACUCUGGCCGUUCAAAAUGCUGGUGAUAGCGUUCCAUGAGUUCGGACACGCCAUCACCGCGUGCUGCACAGGCGGGCGCGUCGAGUCCAUCUCGCUGGAUCCGCACGAAGGCGGCGUGACGCACAUGCGCGGCGGCAAGCAGUUCCUGACGCUGCCUGCGGGCUAUCUGGGCUCGAGUCUGAUCGGGGCGCUGCUGACGUUCUGCGGGUUCAAUAUCGUGGCUAGCAAGGUCGCGAGUAUUGUGCUCGGCGUGUGCUUUUUGCUGACGCUGUGGUGGGCGCGCAAGGACUGGCUUACCAUCAUCACUAUCCUGCUCGCUGUCGGCUUGCUGGUCGCUAUGUGGUUCAUCAAGCAUGCUGAGCCGCUCCGGUUCGUGGUCCUCUUUAUCGGCGUCAUGUCGAGCCUUUAUAGUGUUUGGGACAUCUGCGACGACCUGAUUCUGCGCAAGGUCAACUCGUCAGAUGCCAGUGUCUUCGCGAAGAGAUAUGGGGGUUCCUCACAGUGCUGGGGCAUACUGUGGUCGGUGGUGUCGUUGGUGUUCAUGGUCUGCGGCAUCCUCGCGGCGUUGACGGCGUUCAAACAGGAUUGGGAGCAGCAGGAGAAAGACAGCCAGGACUUUAUUCCUACCGUGAGGAUGCUGUUAAGGGCAUGA